CUGUCUGCGGUCUGCAACCACACACGGAAAGGCAUUGCAGCGAGCACCCUGAACAAACCAGAAAAACUGCCCUCCUCUGCUCGGGAGCCUCGGCUCAGCAGGGUCCCACCCGCAACUACCUUUCCAGAGCAAGGUCAGCUAACCAAAGCCAGAGUGCUUCCCUGCCUUCGCCCCUCCCCUCCAGGUCCGCCACCACAGGUCUACCUGGCGCCGCCCAAGGUCUACCUGCCCUGCCUGGUGGGUGGAGUGUAAACGGAGCAGUCUCCAGUGUGCUGGACUCUGCACCCUUCGGUGCUUGAGUCUUGUGUCUCAGAGGAGCGUCCGUCUUCGACGCUGCCAUGGAGGGGUCCAGACCCCAGCUGCCCCAGGAAGAGCUGGAGCUCUCGACGCUGGAGGAGCAGCAGGAGGAGACACAUCCUCUCAACAGCAUCCAGAUCCAGCCUUGCUCCGCUGAGAACCCUAGCCCAGCGCAGGUGGACAAGAAAAACCCCUGGAGUUCCUGCAAUAGAAGCGUGGUUGGAAAAUGUAAACUGUGGAUGGUCAUUGUCGCCAUAUUCUUGUCUUUCACUAUAGUGAUCAUUAUAAGCCUAUGCCUUGUAGGAGUGAUGUAUAUCGAUGAAGAUGAAAAUGAAAUACUCGAAUUAUCAUCAAACAAAACAUUCUUCAUCAUGCUCAAGAUUCCAGAGGAGUGUGCUAAUGAAGAGGGAUUGCAUCACUUGCUCACUGAAAGGCUCACGGACACAUAUAGACAGUCCCCAGCUCUGAGUCGCUUUUUCACUUCUGCUGAUAUCUUGGAUUUCAGUGUUGAAAAUGCCACGGUAACCUAUCACUUGCAGUUCGGAGUUCCGUCUGAAGACGAUGGCUUUAUGAAGUACAUGAUGAGCGAAGAGUUGGUGCUCGGAAUUAUGCGACAGAGCUUCCAUGACAAGAACGUAUCUACCUGUGAGAGUCUCGGGCUUGACCCAGAGUCUCUCUUGCUCUAUGAAUGAAGUGAUGGGGGUUGGUCGGUGUCAGAAAGCAAUGCUCUGCUGAAUCUCAGACUGAAGACAGUUCAGACGCGUAUCUAGCAGUGACCAGAAGGAGACAGUUGUCCCACUGAUUCCGCACAGAUGUGAAGUCUGGGUCUAUCUCGAAAUGGCAGCUUUUGAGAGCUGUCCCAGCUGGGUUCAGGAGCUAGAGGUCUGGAUGGAUCUAAGAUCCCACACCAUGCGAUUCCCACUGCCUUUGAAGCAAUGGCUGCUUCUACUAGCACUGGAGCGCUUUCCCUGUAUCCAAAGAUAAGUAUCUGGCUUGGUUUUAGGCAGGUUUUGUUAAGCCUAGCUGAUGGGGUGAGCCCAAGCCGCAUCAGGGUAGCCAAGGGAAGGAGGGAGAAUCGACCAGUUGUUCACUGAAGUCCUCUUUCCACCCACAAUUACAUCUGACGGACCCCUGAGCCAGGGCAAGAGGAAAAGGAAGGCAACUCUAAGACACAAGGAGUCUAGCUGCUCACCUACCUCCACCACCUAUACCUGACAGCUGAGCUCAGUCAGGUAUAUCGUGGAGUAUUACAUAUAGAAAGGUGAUUGAUGUGUCCUAAUUGUUUCUCAUCUCUGCAUUGUUCCUGAGGUGACUCUGUGUCUCUUUUUUUUUUAAAAAAAAAAAAAACAUU